ACGUCAUUCACUUUUUAUCUUUCACAAUUUUGAUGAUGUGUCACUUCAUACGGUUCAGUUUCUGUGGAUUUGUGUUCGAGUAGAAACUUGCCUCUAGAUAUUGUUUCGACUGCUGUUACUCACAAACUGAGGAGCAGACUCAUUGCUGCCUUCAGCUAAAUUUUUCUACCACUUAUUGAAUUAUGAUUGAUUCUGCUGCUCAGAUGAAAGUCCUUCCUUUUCGUGUUUAAUGUCACUGUUGUGCCACUGGUCAAAUUUGAAUAUCCAACAGUCAUCCCAUAAAACAGAUGUGCAGGAUUCAGGAUAGGCAGGCAGAUGUAACCUGAGGGAUAAUUGCACCUGUCCCCCCCCCACAAGUCCCUUCAGUAAUCCCAGCUCCCGGCCUGAAAACAACCCCCUCUGGUGACUGUUGCCCUCUAAUCAAACAGCACGUUACUGUCUGCUUGUUAUCUAGUCUUUGGCCCUAGGGCCAUGCUGCCUCUGCCUGCUGGUUUAAUCCACCAUGGAUCACAUAUUGAGGAGAAACUCUUUGGUCUGUGAUAAACAAGGACUGUAUAUCACUAAAAAACAAAUAUACAUUGUCAUAUAUCCAAUAUAUGACCAUGACUGUGGCAUUCUUGACUGUGGCUCAGUUCUCCCAAAUUAAAAAAACAAACACUUUAUUCCUUAUUUAUUACCUCUAGUGAUAUCUAUCUUUGUUGAUAGAUUAAAAUUUUUAUUGGAACUACUUUCUACCAUACAAAUAUGACAGCUGUUGGCAGUGUAUUAUGUAGAUUACCCAGAAAACGGGACACUGUUUCUGGAAAGAGAAACUGAGAAACUUGCUGUUAAAUCUUUAAAAAUAUAUAAUUUAUGCUUUGAGCACCACGAUGUAAUGACUGGAACACAGUUUGGAAUCAAACUCAAGACUCGAGACACAUCAGUUCACAAACACAGUUCUUUAAUCCAAAAACAGAUCAGUGACACGCUGGCAGUCAGACAGAUCAAACAAAUCCAGAUGGCAAAGGCAAAAAGGCAGAGUCCAAAAAAGAUUCACAAAAACACACUGAGACUUAAAUGAGGGAAAAAGGCUGGAACUAGAGACACAAAGGAACUACUACAAGAAGGGAAGGUGAUUAACAAGACACAGGUGUAGACAAUCACAAAGGUGUGAAACAAACAAGGCCAAGAAAUGAAGUUAGCUGGAACAAGAAGAGAGGUUAGUAACCAUUUAAAAUAAAACAAGAGGUGACACGACAAAAACAGAAAAUAACAAAAUAUAACCUGACACAGGACGAGAUGUGAUACACAAUUGAAAUUCUAUUCACCUCCAUUGUAUUGGGGUUGAAGCAGAGACAGAUAUUGCAAAAACCUGGAUGAAUAAACUAGAUAAUUGAGCUUAUUAAAAGUGCCAUUUGGAUAAACUCAUUCUUUAAGAUUGCACUGAACCUCUUGAACAGAUUUUACAUUUAUAUACUUCAUGUGUUGGUCGUCAUUUUGACUGAUGCUCUUGUCCAGAAUAAGUCAGCACAAAAGAAAUAUGAGAAAAAAGGAGAAUAGAGAGAGGAAUUAGGGCAACUGUCGAUGGAAAGUUGUGGUUUUGAGAUUAUUCAGAAGAACCUCUAAAUGACAGUGAUGACACAUGAAAACAAUGCCUGAGAGGGAAAAUGUAUUGUGCGUGUUCCAAAACCUCUAUCUACAAAAUUCCCCUCUCUGUCAGUGGCUGAAUAUCCCACAGACAGUUCCUCCUGGAUAGCCUCUCUGCCAUGUAAGAGUGUACGUCUGUGGAGUUAGUGUGAUCCAUUGCCAGCAUGUAAAUCUGUACGUCUACUCAGCGAGCCUUUUAGAUCUGCCUGGGCAUGAGUGUCCCACAGAGCUAAAUGUAAUGAUAUAAAUAUCAUUCUGUCUGUCUCUCCUGCGUGGGCCUGGCCAGGUGGGGUGUGGGGGUUAGAGGGGGGCCAGGAGGUAAUUUCAUGAAUGAAAGGACAGAAUUGUUCCUCUAUUUCAACUGGUCCCAAGCAUUGGCCAAACCCCGGCUGGCCUUUAAUUAGAGCUAUUUAACCCACAGAGAGGGAAGAAGGGAGAGCCACAGGGAUUGAUGGGAGGGGUGGUGAGGGAGAGGAAGGGGGGGGGGGGGGGGGUGAAGGAGACGAGAACAGGAGAGCAGAAGGUGUUCAACUGUAAGUUCUUUCUCUUAGAGUGAUUGAAUGUGCAUUUAAUCUGAGACAAGCUCUUUGAAAAGAUAUCAGGAUCACACCUACUGUUGCAGCAGUGAUAGCGAAUGUGAGUGCGAGUAGUAGCAAAUAGCAUCAAUAGUAGUGAUGGCUGUAGUAAUAGUCUUUGUUUUUAGUAAUAUGUUAUCAGUCUCUAGUAGUACCACUAUAAUGGUAGGAUUUUUCAGUGGUUCUCAAAGGUUGCAUGUGUGAAUAGUAGUCAUAGUACUGCUGUGUUGAUAUUGGUCAUUUACCAAAACCACAGUUGUGGACUUUACAUAAAAAGUAACAGUAAUAGUUCAUAUUUGUAGCAUACAACUUCUAACAAAAGCAAAUUAAUGGAAUGAGUUAUUAUUAUGAUUUACGAAAUCUACAUAGUGAGGAAAUUGUGGUUGAUGGAUGGGUCGAAAAAACAUAGGACUUUAAUGAUGAACCUAUUGAGAAAAGUUGGGUACGGUAGUACUACUCAACUUUGCUGCCAAUUUGUCUCAGUGGCCACUCUGGGUACUGCAACAAUAGACAUGCAACAUGGAUCACUAUUAUAAAAUAGACAAUUGUAAUACUGUUGACCUGACACGAGCAAUAUUGCCGAAUCAUCACGUUUUUUUAUGUUUAAGAUUUGUUUUGGGGCAUUUUUUUUUUGCAUUUUUGCAGUACAUGGCAUAGAGGCCGACGGGAAACUGGGAGAGAGAGAAGAAUGACAUGCAGCAAAGGUCCCUUGCUGGAGUCGAACCGGGGACGCUGUGAUUAUGUGGCAUGCACAGUAACCACUUGGAUACUAAAGCGCUCCAUUAGUGGUACCUUUACUAGUGGCAAGUAGUAAAAGCAGCAAUAGCACUAUUAGUUCUACUAGUGUUAGUAUUAGUAAUAUUAGUGGCAUAAAUAGUAGGCUUACUUGUACUAUUGGUGGUAGAAGUAUUAGCAGCAGCAACAGUAGCAAUAAUGGUAGUAGUAGUAGUCAUAACAGCAGCUACUACAGUAGGCUAGUAUUUUCCUUUGACUUACACCUUCCAUGCUUCCUGCACCAUGAUGUCAGUGAUUGCCGUUGGUGUGUGCUUAGCUGAUGGUGGCUGAUGAAAGGUUUUACAGAAAAAACAGGAAAUGGCACUUGGGUCAACUAAUGAGGAGUAACAAGCUCUCUCUGUUCAGAGGCCCCACUCCCUGUCUCACCUGACAUGUGUAAGCAGACCUGUGUUGAUACUGCCCCUUUCAUGUACUGUACAGCAUGCUCACACUCGUCAUGUGUGUGUGUGUGUGUGUGCGUGCUUGUAAGAAGCGAAUGAUGUGCAAUACAUGUGUGUUACUCAGUGACACUGCUGUGAAUGUCCAGUGAAAGUUGAUUCACACACAGCGUAUCACUUUGCAAUUGUAAUUUUCUCCUUGUCUUUUCCCUUUGCUCACCCUCUCUAUAAAACUCUUUCCCCUCCCUCGCUCUUUUCCUUAUCUUCACAAAUCAACUUCCCUCUGAUCCCAUCUCCUCUUACUUUCUGAUUCUCACCUUGGCAUAUGUUGGGAUCCCCGCUGCCUCACAUCCUCCUCCACCUCCAGAUGCCCGCUCGCUGCAGGAAUGCGGUGAACAUUGUGCUCACCACCCUUUUUGCUGCGGUGGUCCUAUUCACCAUCCUGCUGGCCUAUGUCACAGGUUACCAGUUUAUCCACACUGAGCAGCACCACCUCUCCUUUGGCCUCUAUGGUGCCUUCCUUUCCCUCCACCUCUUCCUCCAGAGCCUUUUUGCCUUUCUGGAGCAUCGACGGAUGAGGAGCCCCUCUCGGCCACAGCACCUCCGUCGCACCGUGGCCCUCUGCAUAGCUGCCUUCCAGGAAGACCCGGACUACCUGAGGAAGUGCCUGCGCAGCAUCCGCCGAAUCUCCUUUCCUGGCCUAAAGGUGGUCCUCGUCGUAGACGGGAACAGGCCUGAAGACCGUUACAUGAUGGACAUUUUCCAGGAGGUGAUGGGCGGGGCUGACCAGGCUGGAAGUAUGGUGUGGAAGGGAAACUACCACAGCGAUGGGAGUGGUGUAGGAGGUGUCAGAGACGGAGGGAGAAGCACAGUUCACAUGGAGGAGGCAGCACGAGUGGCUCGGCUGGUCAGAGGCUGCCGCUAUUCCUGUGUUAUGCAGGAGUGGGGAGGAAAGAGGGAGGUGAUGUACACUGCCUUUAAAGCACUGGGGGACAGUGUGGAUUAUAUGCAGGUGUGUGACUCUGACACAGUUCUAGACCCAGCAUGUACCAUUGAAAUGCUGAAGAUCCUUGAGGAAGAUCCAAUGGUUGGAGGAGUUGGUGGAGAUGUACAGAUCCUCAACAAGUAUGACUCGUGGAUCUCCUUCCUCAGCAGUGUUCGCUACUGGAUGGCAUUCAACAUCGAGCGAGCAUGCCAGUCCUACUUUGGAUGUGUCCAGUGUAUCAGCGGCCCUCUGGGGAUGUACAGGAACUCCUUGCUCCAGCGCUUUCUAGAACCCUGGUACCACCAGACCUUCCUUGGCUCCAAGUGCAGCUUUGGUGAUGAUCGCCACCUCACCAACAGGGUGCUCAGCUUCGGCUACAAGACGAAAUACACAGCGCGAUCACAGUGCCAGACUGAAACGCCAACCGAAUACCUGCGUUGGCUUAACCAGCAAACGCGAUGGAGCAAGUCUUUCUUCCGUGAGUGGCUCUACAAUGCCCUGUGGUUCCACAAGCACAGCCUCUGGAUGACCUAUGAGUCUGUGGUCACUGGCUUCUUCCCCUUUUUCUUGGUUGCCACGGUCAUCCAUCUCUUCUACCGUGGAAGGCUGUGGAACAUCCUGCUCUUCUUGUUGACGGUGCAGCUGGUUGGGAUGGUGAAGGCUACUUAUGCCUGUUUCCUGCGUGGCAGUCUGGUCAUGAUCUUCAUGUCACUCUACUCUCUGCUCUACAUGUCCAGCUUGCUCCCUGCCAAAAUAUUCGCCUUGCUCACCAUCAACAAGGCUGGAUGGGGCACUUCAGGACGCAGGAAGAUUGUGGUCAAUUUUAUUGGUGCUGUGCCUGUCACAGUGUGGACUAUGGUGCUGCUCGGAGGUGUGGUGUAUACAAUCUAUUGUGAAACACAGGAACCAUUCAGUGAGACAGAGAAAGCAUUAUUGAUAGCAGGGACAAUACUCUAUGCCUGCUACUGGCUCAUUCUGCUGGUGCUCUACCUGGCAAUCGUAGCCAAACGGUGUAACAAAAGGGAAGAGCAAUAUCACCUGCCAUAUGCUGAGGCAUAAACCUGCUACCAGAGGGACUGGUAGGGCAUUUGCCCUAAGUUUCACUGCAGUAUGAUUCUAGCAAGGUCUCUAGUGACCCUUUGAACAGCUAGUGAUUAGCUGUGCACCAGGAACGCAGUUAUCUUAAUCAGCUGUACUACAAAGGUGUGAAUCUGAUAUCUGAGCAGCAAGAAUCUGAUCCAGUUGUGGGAAGACUUGGAGAUCCACACAGUUCUCCCACUUAUAUCAUGCUCAACGGUGCUUCACAUUGAAAAACCAAACCAAAUGGAACUGAUCCAGGUUAUAAAGUGUUUAUACACUUGUAAUAGUGACGCGCUCAGAAGAAAUGUAGGUAGUUUAUGGGUUCAGGUUAGCUGUAUAACUGUGACAUAAGGGUGCAGGAUGGUGCUUUUAAUGAUUAUAAAGCAAGAAAAGGGACACAAUCAGAUUAAGGAGACAUAGAGUUCUCAAUUAAUAGGUGGUUCAUUUUUUGUGUUCUUCAUUUUAAUAUAGAUGAGAUGGAAUGAAAUGUGACGGGACUGAAAAUAGAUUUAAAAAAUAGGUUUAAAAAAAAACAAGGCAAUUUUGUCUGAUUAGUCAAAGCACCGCUACACAAAUGAAAUCUUAAAAGCUUAGAAAGUCAAUGGAACAAUGCAACUGGGCAUAAACAAAUGGAAAUUUGUUCUCUGCGGCACAAAUCAAGGCAAAGAAGCAUCUGAAACUUGAAACAUAUUUAACUCUAGUAUGAAAGUCUGUGCUGAAUCGUGACGCCUUAUGAUUCUAUUUUAGUACAAUAUAGAGAAGCGAGAAAGCAACAUAACAUAAAGAACUUGCUGAAUUCUGAGAUUAGUCAGAGCUGACACACAAACACACACAUCCAUUCUACACACACACACACUGUUUAUGCAUGAAUUCCUAGCUAGCCACAGCCAACAUCUAUACAUUUGAUACAUUGACCAUUUGUGAACAAAUGCUGCAAAAACAGUCCAGUGGUCAAAUUGGAACAAAAUCUUGGUUUGCGUUCUCUCUCUACACCAGUGAUCAUUAGGAUUGGAUUAAGUCUAUCUUAAAAAAAUACUCACAUGCCAUCUGUACAGUGUGGGUGGGCAGAGAAAAUAAGGUGGGUAUAGGUUCUGAAAUGCAUAUGGUAACCAAAAUAGGCCAUUACGACUAUACUUGACUAAAUGCACCACAGUUUAAUUAUACAAGCCUCAUACAUCAUCAUCAUCAUCAUCAGAGGUAAUGUUACAGCAACCAAGAUGAACAUUAACAGCAUCACAUAGCCUGGCACUGCCACAUAUUCAAACACAUACACAGACCUACACACAAACACAGAAACAAAUACACACACACACUCUCACACACACACACACACACACACACACACACACACACACACACACACACACACACACACACACACACACACACACACACACACACACACACACACACAGAUGGCAGAUGCAGCAACAUGAAAUCCAACUGUACACCCAACAAAAACUGUACUGAAUAAACAUUAAAUAGGCAAUAGACUGCUGCAAAUUGGUGAAUUAACUCACUUUUGGAAAUUACAGCAGGAGAUGACAGGGCUUGGUGUUGUACACUGAAAUAUUUCAUGGUUAGUAGUCCAAUGCCCUGAUGCUAGUAUUUACCUGACUGACAGUUGAAAAUAGUCUUUCAACAGUACAGCUUGUUGCUUAUUCUUGACAUGGAAAGGGCUGAAUUAGCAGCCUUGUAUGUGACGUUACUACUUGGCAUUUGUAGAGGAGAAACUGGUGCAGGAGUAGGUGUCUGGUUUGAGAAGUCUUUUUGUGACUGCUUUCUUUCACCAGGGUUUUUACCCUUACCUCUAACCUUAUAGACCUAAAUUAAUAGGUGCUAGCAAGGGAAAAGUAGGCUUCUGUUCCUCUGUGCAGCAGUGUGGGCUGUACACUGAGUAAACGAGAAGGGGUUCCUCGCAAUCUGGCAUGUAUGAAAUGCACUACCACUCAAAAAAUCUGACCAUCAUCAUUUGGUAAACAAAAAGCAAUAACAAGAACUGUUUUAUUUGUAUUGGUUGCCUAGGCAGAUCAUUGAAACUGGAAGAUCCAAGAAAAAAGGAAGACUUCUGAUGAGGUGGGCCUGAAUGCCAAAUAGGUGGACCCAGGCCCACCUGCAAUAAUCACAAUAAGGAUAUGAUGACUUAUCGUACAAUACCUUAAUUAUCAACAUCAUCAUGUCUAUGUAUCGACUUAUCAUAUGAUACAUGGACAUGACCCUGAUCUGAAUCUUUUUUACCUCAAUAUUGGCACACUUCACAUUAGCAGCUAAGAGGCUAUUCAUGUCACAUUGGCUAAGCAAGUAGUGUCCUCCAUUCCUCACUGUGCACGUCCUGAGUGAAGACUGUAGAAGAAUUAAAGGUAAAUAACUCUGUCCCCCACCAUAAUGGCAGUCUGUGUUUUUACAGAAACGUACCGCCCACUCUCCAAUCCCACCCCACCCUUUCAUUAUUAUGCUCUUAUAUUAUCAUUAUAUCAGUGGUAUAAAAUGAUCUUCAAAUGACAAUAAUAUCGUUUAUCGCGAUUAUUUCUGAGACAAUAUAUCGUCCAACAAAAGUAGUUAUCAUGUUAGCGAAACUGUGUGGGUUUUUUCCCUCUUUAUGUGAUACUUAAUACUAGUCCAAUGUAGGUUUGUUGCUGUAACAAAAUACAGAAGCCUUUUAUUAGGCUUCAGUUGAACUUCAUAAUGCCUACAGACAGUACUACAGGUUUUAUCCCUCAUCUUUUACAGUGUAUGUGUGUUAGGAAGGUACGCGGCCGGUAUAGAGAAGUGGAAUGAUGAGAAACCCAGAACUCUUUCGACACAAUGUACAUAUAGGCAUGUGAGUACUGGAUAAAGAUAGACUAGACAAUUCUGAACCCAUCUUUUAAAAGUGUCCAUAUCAUAUAUUGACAGAGACUGCAGCCAAAAGUUACCAAUAAACAGAAAAUACAUAGAAUAUGAGAAGUUCUCCUGUCACACACAUUGAAAUUGGUUGUAAUAGAGGUUGAGACAGCUCUGAGAUCAGUCCUUAUCAACACUCUCAUCAGCCAUGAACAGCACAAUCAUCUGCUCCAGCUGUGUUUUUUGUGAAGCAGCUAUGAUUUACCAGAAAAGACAAUCUCAACAUUUCUGUAUAUGUGACAUGCAGUUGUAUUUUUGGUGCUGUUGAGCAGUGUCAAAUGAUUAACUUAUUUACUGUACAUCCUGGUCCAAUUCUCAGUUUACGAUCACCAGUGGGUCGUAGUUUCAUACAGUGAUUCAAAGAAUUUUUAUAUGGUUACUUUUAUAUAUUGUAAAGGUGCCAAAUCAUGUUUGUGUAAUAGUAAAGUUUUACUACGGGACACUAUUCUCUUAACUUUGGACAUGUGUGUCCUUUUUACACUAGAUGUAGACCUUGUCCAUUCAUUCCAUCAUCUACAGUGUAAAGACUAAAGACCAAAGAGAUUUCUUCUAAAGUGAGAAACUUGAGAGUUUUGCCUUCACUCUGUCUUUUUGUCUGUGUUUUUCAUGCAAAUGUCAACUGAUAUCAGCUCAAUUUCUAAAAGAUAUGUUUCAAAACGUAAACAUCCAGUCCAUUUUUCAAGCGUGAGUAGUAUCAACAUAUGUGUCUUCGCUGACAUAGGCUGUUUUCUUUAUGCAGCGGACAUUUCCUCUGUGUCAUAUUGUUUUUCUGAGCAGUCUGUGUAAGUUGAAACUUGAACGUUUUAAAAGGACACAUACAUUAAAAGAACAUUAUGUUUA